AUGAGUGAUCCAACAACAACCAGUAACUCAGUUGCUGAGAAGCAGGGAACUACUCCAAUUGUAACUCCUAGAAAAUAUACGAUUGGGAAAAUGAAGCAAAUAUGUACAGUAGUUACAGAUCCAAAGACCGGUUUGCAAUCUAUCGAUUUGAAGAAGAGACCUGAGGAGAAUGUUUAUGGUGUUACCAAGUUUUUGAAACAUUAUCAAGUAGAAAAAAAACUAGGCCAAGGUACCUUUGGUUCUGUUUACUUAGGAAGUCAUUUGGAGACUCAAAGGCAAGUAGCUAUGAAGAGGAUUUUGGUUAAUGAAGAGAAUGAUUUAUUUCCUAUAACCGCACAAAGAGAGAUUACGAUCCUAAAGAAACUAAACCAUAAGAAUAUUAUUAAACUGAUAGAAAUGGUAUUUGAUUCACCUCCCGAUUCACAAUCUGGUGAUGGAGAUGUUUCUAAGGAACCAAAUUCUCUAAACUCCACAACCAAAACUAAUAAUAAAUUUUUUUAUAUGAUCCUUCCAUAUAUGGUCUCUGAUUUGGCUGGUAUAUUACAUAACCCUAGGAUAACUUUAACAAUGUCUGAGAUUAAGAAUAUUAUGUUACAAUUAUUAGAAGGGAUCAAUUAUAUGCACUGUACCAAAUAUAUGCAUAGAGAUAUUAAGACCGCAAAUAUUUUAAUCGAUCACAAUGGUACGGUAAAACUUGCAGAUUUUGGGUUAGCAAGAUUAUAUUAUGGGUCACCACCAAAUUUGAAAUAUCCUGGUAGUGCAGGAACUGGUGCUAAAUAUACUUCUGUUGUAGUGACAAGGUGGUAUAGAGCCCCAGAGUUAGUACUAGGUGAGAAGUAUUAUACGACAGCGGUAGAUAUUUGGGGUGUUGGUUGUGUAUUUGCAGAAUUCUUUGAAAAGAAACCUAUUUUACAAGGGACCACAGAUAUUGAUCAAGGACAUGUUAUCUUUAAGCUAAUGGGGACGCCAACUGAAGAAGAAUGGAAGUUAGCUAGAUAUUUGCCGGGAGCUGAGUUGACAAAGACCGUGUAUAAGAGUACUUUAAAGGAAAGAUUUGGCAAAUAUCUUGAUGAGAAUGGGUUGAAAUUUUUAGCCAAAUUGUUGUCAUUGGAUCCAUAUAAAAGAUACACAGCAGCAGCAGCCAAGCAGGAUGAUUUCUUUAAGAAUGAACCACUACCAGUGGAACGUUUACAACUAUUGUGUGAAGAAAGUCAUGAGUCUGAUAUCAAACGUUAUAAAGAAGAGAUGCACCAAAAUAUGUCACAGAGAGCACCAACGGCACCUCGGGGUCAUGUUAACGAUGCAGAUUCUAACUCAAGAAGUCAAUAUGAUAGGUCAGCACAACACAAACCUCCAAUGAAAAAGGCACCACCGUUAGGACCAUCUAGGAAGACACCAAGUCAUGUUGGAGAAAAUAAAUUAUCUAAUGUAGAAGAGAAUUCUGCCGCAAAGAAACCUUCUAGAUACAAUACAAUUAAUAUAGCGAAGGAAGUAAGUUCACUGCCUCCAAGACCUAAUAAGAUGCCUUUACCUGAUGCUCAUCAACCAAUAUCAAGAUUCAAUAAAACACCAACUAAUACAAAUACAAAUGAGCAAUUAAGUUUUAACGACCGUAACAAUGGAAACACAGGAUACAAUUCUAGGCCUAACAACAAUCGUAAUGCUAAUGCUAAUGCUGGAAGAUACAACCAAAACAACUAUAACGACUAUAACCAAAAUGAUGGUUGGUAUGAUAAAGAAACGAAUGCUAGAUCGAUUAGUUUCAAUCAAUCGAGGUUCCAACGUACAAAUAACAAUAACAACAAUAAUAACAACAAAAACAAAAACAACAAUAAUAAUAACAAAAAGACAAAUUCUAAAACAGGAACGAUAGAGAUCACAAGAACACUAGAAAUUAAAACAGACGGUAAGAUUGAGCAAAACAAGAGCAUUUCUAACUAUAAACGUAGAAAUAGUAGUCAGGGCAAGAGAUAUGAAAAAAGACAACGGAAUGAUUAUGAUUAUGGGAAUAAUGGCAAUCAAGAGGAAGAUAUCUCUAAUUUGUACUAA